CUCUAGAAUUACGAAAAAAAGAAGAUAGUUCAAUUCACACCUAUAUUGAAAUGCUGCCAAAAGACUUUGGAAAUAUGCCGAUUUACUAUGAUGAUGAUUUGACGAAACUAGUUCCUGGCAAUAUGAGAGAAAUGAUUGAAUCACAAGUAUCAAAAUUCGAAAAAGAUUUCAUUAACGCGCAUGAAAAACUUUGUCUUCAAAUAUCCAAAAAAGAAUUUUUAUGGGGAUGGCUUUGUGUCAACACUAGAUGUAUAUAUCUGGAAACUUCAAUUUAUGAUGCUCGAGAAAAUAUUGCCGUAGCACCGAUGUUGGAUUUUUUGAAUCAUAGUUCUGAAGCAAAGAUAAAAGGUGAAUUCAAUCAAUCAACUCAAUGUUACGAGAUUACUACAUUCUCUCCUUACCAAAAGGGACAACAGGUAUUCAUUAAUUAUGGACCGCACGAUAACUAUCUAACUUUACUCGACUAUGGCUUUACUAUUCCUGGAAAUCCUUUUGCAUACGUAUUAAUUGAUGAUGAAUUUUUUGAAUAUAACGUACCGGGCGAAGAUGAACAGAUUAUGAAGUUUAAGUUAAAACUGUUGUUAGAUAAUGGAUUUUAUAGGCUACUUAAUCUUGAUGUUGACGAUAACGCGAAUACUGAUCGCGAAAAUGAAUUGGCCCUUUCUCAACAUUCUCAAUCCCUUAUUUCAAAAUGGAAAUCUACUCUAACUGGGGAACUGGAAAAAAUAGAUGACCAAAAUGAAUUUGAAAUCUAUAAUUGGAUAUAUGAUGUUUGCUUUACGAAAUUAGAUAAAUGUGAGAAUAAAUUGAAAGAACUGCGUCAAUAA